GAGACCUACGACCAUCUCCCGAAAGUCGAGAACAAUGGCGAUAUCCAACAUCUUGAGAGACUGAGGACCGCAGGUGGCCAUGUCGACGAUCGCAGUCAGCCUUCACUGCCUGUUGUCCAUCGUUCCUUUGCCAACCCUGCUCCUCUGGGCCUCCUAUCUUUUGCAACUGGCAUCUUUCUGAUCUCCAUCCUUGGUGUCCACGCUCGCGGCAUCCAGACUCCAAACGUGCUUGUCGGUGUACUUUUGUUCUUUGGAGGAGUCUGCCAAUUCAUCUCUGGCAUCAUGGAGUUUGUUGCUGGAAACACGGUAAGAUCUAUGAACACCGUCCACUCGAGAACUUGUUCUUACGAUAUUGCAGNNUUCGGAGCCACUGUUUUCCCUUCUUACGCAGCCUUCAACUUCUCAUAUGCCAUGAUCUACAUCCCUGGAACGGGCAUUCUCGCAUCUUACACCGACGCCAACGGACAGAUCAGUCCAGACUUCAACAACGCCCUUGGCAUGUACUGCUGGGCUUGGUUCAUCCUGACAGUCAUCUUCACCGUUGCCGCAAUGCGUAGCUCAUGGGUCUUGUGGUUCACCCUGUUCUUCCUUGACAUCGAGCUGGUACUCCUGGCUUGCGGGUACAUGCUGAACAGCUCUGCUACUCUUGUGGCCGCAAAUUCUGUCGGAUUCGUGGUGGCUUUCUGCAAUUGGGCUGGCUGCGCUGGACUAUGGUCUGGAGGCAUGACACCUAUCGAAUUGCCUACUUUUGCCAUGACCAAGCAGACU